AUGCGCUCUGGAAGAUCAAAUUCCCCCAUGAGCCACCUCCGCCGGACAUCCCGCCAGAACCCCCGCCACCUUCACAACCCCCACCUCCGGCCACAACGUUGCCCCGUCCCACUUCGACCCAAAGCAAAACAACACCCGUUUGCCUGCAGUAUGUGUAAACGAACAUUUCCGCUUCACAAUGGAUUAACGCGCCACAUCAGACACAUGCGCCAUGCCAAAUGCCCUGUCCCAGAGAGAGAAAACGCCCGCGAGCCGACGAACCGAUUACAGAAGGAUCAGAAUCCCCCUGUGACAAAUGUGAUAUGGUAG